UUUAGUCGGUCCGCAUUAAACUCAUUAAUAAAACACUUUCAUUGCACCAACAAAAAAUAAAACAGUUUGAUUAAAAAAAACUGAAGAUCUGAAGCUGCGUGUGAUUAGGGUUUGCAAUUUGAAACUCUGAAAUCUCAGCGGCAUGGGAAGGGAGGAGAAGUCCAAAGCCAAGGCAAGAGACCACGAACAACAACUCGAUGAAAUUAGCGACAAUCUCGACGGCGCGUCCACUCCAUCGCUUGUGUUCAGCGGCGACGAAGACGAUGACGACGAAGAAGCCAAUCAAGAUCUGAGCCUAAAAAUCGUGGAAAAGGCACUACGAACGCGAGAGGCAAAGCUCGCUCCAAACGACGCCGUUUUGAAUGACAUCGGUUCACAGCAGUCUGAAUUUACGGUGACGCAAAACGACGACGUUUUGGGUGGGCUGAACGGGGUAGCUGAUAUGGAAGUAAUGGAGGAGAAGAAAAUGGAGAAUUUGACGGUGGAAUCCGGGAAUCAAAGUGUUAUUAUAGCUGCAGAACAAGAGGUGGAGGAAGAGAUGAUGAAAACCACAGAGAACCUUGAGUCUGUGGAAGCAAGUGCUGAUCAGAUAGGUGACAACAUGGUUCUGCGAAAGCUGCUUAUGUUUCUUUUCUAUCAGCGGGGUCCAAGAUAUUUUGACCCUCCAGAUAGUAGUUGGGGAGCAUGCUAUAAUUGUGGCGAGGAAGGUCACGCUGCUGUAAACUGUACAGCAGCGAAGCGGAAGAAACCGUGCUAUGUAUGUGGUGGUUUGGGACAUGCUGCAAAACAAUGUACUAAGGCCCAGAGUUGCUACAUCUGCAAAAAAGGUGACCACCGAGCCAAAGACUGUCCAGAGAAGCACACGACUCCACGUGCUUCUAAAAGCCUGACAGUAUGCUUGAAGUGUGGAAAUUCUGGGCAUGAUAUGUUUUCAUGCAGGAAUGAUUAUUCACCAGAUGAUCUGAAGGAAAUUCAAUGUUAUGUCUGUAAGACAUUUGGCCACUUAUGUUGUGUCAAUACCGCUGAUGUAAUACUGGGAGAAAUUUCUUGUUACAAAUGUGGUCAGAUGGGUCAUACUGGUUUGGCAUGUUCAAGGUUGCAAGGUGAGACUACUGGUGCUGCCACACCCACUUUGUGCUACAGGUGUGGUGAAGGGGGACAUUUUGCCCGAGAAUGCACAAGUUCUAUCAAGGUACAAUUGAUGCAGGCAUGUUCAAGGUUUCAAGGUGAGACUACUGGUGCUGCCACACCUACUUUGUGCUAUAGGUGUGGUGAAGGUGGACAUUUUGCAAGAGAGUGCACAAAUUCUGUCAAGGCUGGGAAGAAGGUUAGUGAAUUCUCGAGCACAAAAAAUAGGAGAUCCUAUAAAGAAAAUGAUUACACAGGACACUGGUCAGCACCUCAUGACAUGGGUAAGAUGAACAAAAAGAAACGGCCUCUUACAGAUGAAAGAGGUUUUACCACACCUAAGAAAUCAAAGAGAAGAGGUGGCUGGAUGACGGAGUUUCCUACAGAAGAAAGAAGCUUUACAACACCUAAGAAAUCAAAGAGUAGAGGUGGCCGGACAAGGGAGCUUCCUACAGAAGAAAGAGCCUUUAAAUCACCCAAGAAAUCAAAGAGUAGAGCUGGCUGGAUGGCGGACCAUUCUACAGUAGAAAGAGGCUUUACAACCCCCAAGAAAUCAAAGAAUAGAGGUGGCUGGACAACAGAGCAUCCCACAGAAGAAAGAGGCUUUACAACCCCCAAGAAAUCAAAGAGUAGAGGUGGCUGGACAAUGGAGCAUCCUGCAGAAGAAAGAGAUUUUCAAACUUCCAUGAAAUUCAAUAGCAGAGGCGGUUGGACGACUGAGCACCCUGGAGAAUUCUCUUAUUCCAAGUCCAAUGGGAGCAGUUGGAGGUCUGCGGGGACAACAUAUGCUAGAAGUACUAAUAUGCAUGCGAGUGGUAGUGGAAGUCGAAUUCCAGGUUGGAAUGGUCAACAACCUGAAGCCUCAUAUUUCCAUCAUAGAUAUUCGGCAUCACGGUUUGGCAACUCCAAUGAUGAUGGAUAUAGGAGAAGUAAUUCGGCAUCAAGGUUUGGCAACUCUAGCGCUGAUGAAUAUAGGAGAAAUAAUUGGCGGUAGCCUUCACCUUCAUGUUCUUUAUAAUUCCAUCCGUGAACUUGUUAAAUGAUACCUACUUGCAAGUUUUUUAAAUUAAUAUUCAAUUUUUGCCUUCAUGUUUUAAAUUAAUAAUUGGAAAAUUAUUUGGUACCCUGGCAAAA